AUGGUGCGGCCGAUAAUUUUACAGAUAAAGGAUACCUUCUAUCCUGUGCUCGCUGCCUUUGGUGUUCCAGCAAACCUUCUGGCAACUGUGAUUCUCUCGAGAGGAAAUUGCGGCCUUUCUAAAUGUAUUUCAGUCUACAUGCUGGCCAUGGUGACAGCAGAUCUGAUGAUCAUGCUCGUUAAUGUCAUUGUGCUUCAAGUUUUGAACAAACGAUUCCCACAUUCAUUUCUCUCCUACACUGUGGUUAUUAAGCUUAUAUUGUAUAUGAGCUGCACUAAUGUGUAUCUGUCGGUGUGGUACACAGUCUGCUUCACCUUCGAUCGAUUUAUAGCUAUAUGCUGUCAGAAACAUAAAACCAAGUACAGCACAAUGAGAACUGCAUCCAGGGUCAUCGUAAUUGUCUCGGUGCUGGUAUAUUUAGAGAACAUCCCUUUUUGGUUUGCAUAUGAACAUCAACGCACAAUUAACAAUAUUCAGUGGGGAUUCCGUCCCAGUGCGAUCUUUCUUACAUCGCCUGUAGGUGCAAUGUACUCCAGGUUGCAAAAUGUAUUAGUUACAUGGAUUCCUUUCAUUUUGAUAUUACUAUUUAACGGUUUGACUGCCAGACACAUUGUAGUAAGCAAUAUUAGUCGCAGGAGACUCCGGGCUCAGCAGGCUGAAAAUCAGACUGAUCCAGAGAUGAAAAACCGAAGGAAAUCAAUAGUUUUACUCUUCCUGGUGUCAGGCAGUUUUAUACUGCUGAAUAUGACAUCUGCAGUGAGUUCUUUGGCUGUGCUUGACCAAAUACACUAUACCUCACCCCCAUACAUUGCCACUGAGACUGGAUAUCUGCUCACCCAUUUGAGUUCUUGUACAAACACAUGCAUCUAUGCAAUGACACAAACCAAAUUCAGGGCAGAGCUACAAAAGGUGUUGAAAUUCCCUUGGACGCAUUUCUUGACAAUGAUCAAAGUAUUUAAUAACUGCAAAGUUUUGUGUCGUACUUAG